UAAUCUGACCGUCUGUGUUUUGACCAACAUGGAGGAUAAAUAUGUGUCCAAACUGUCACCUGCUGUUGAUUUAUGGACAGGGACGUAUCUGAUAAUAAUCGCCAUCCUGUCCAUCUUCGGGAACGCGGCGAUCCUGGUCAGCGCCGCCCGCCGCUCCGGCCCGCUGAAAGCUCCCGAGCUGCUGACGGUGAACCUGGCGGUGACGGACCUGGGCAUGGCCCUCAGCAUGUACCCUCUGUCCACCGCCGCCGCCUUCAACCACGCCUGGAUCGGCGGCGACGCGUCCUGCCUCUACUACAGCCUGAUGGGCAUGAUCUUCAGCAUCACCAGCAUCGUGACGCUGGCUGUGAUGGGGAUGGUCAGGUACCUGGUGACAGGGAAUCCACCAAGGAGAGGCCUCAGGCUCCAGAGGAGAACCUUCAGCGUGGUGAUCGGCGCCAUCUGGCUGUAUUCCGGCCUGUGGGCCCUGUUCCCUCUGCUGGGCUGGGGCAGCUACGGCCCGGAGCCCUUCGGACUGGCCUGCUCCGUAGACUGGAGCAGCUACGGGGAGUCCCUGAACCGCUCCACCUUCAUCAUGACGCUGUCCGUCCUCUGCACGUUCCUCCCCUGCCUCGUCAUCUUCUUCACCUACUUCGGCAUCGCGUGGAAGCUGCGCAGGGCCUACCGGUCCAUCCGCUGCGGCGACGUUCAACACGGGAUGGUGGAGAAGAAAAUCACUCUUAUGGCUGCGAUGAUCAGCUCGGGGUUCCUCUUCUCGUGGACCCCCUACCUGGCCGUCAGCCUGUGGAGCAUGUUCCGCUCCCGGGAGCACGGCCACAUCGCUCCGCUGGUCGCCCUGUUGCCGUGCCUCUUCGCCAAGAGCGCCACCGUCUACAACCCCUUCAUCUACUUCAUCUUCCAGCGCGGCUCCUGGCGGGAGCUCCUGCGCCUGCAGAGGCGCCUGCUCUGCUGUUGGCACCGGGCCGCCGCCGGGGGCCAGGCGGCGAAGGGCCCCGACUGCACGGCGGUGGUGGAGAACGGGGCCGACGGCGCCGGCGGGGGUCGGGGGGGGCCUCCCGGCAAAGGGCCUGCGAGUCAGAUGAUGCCUCUGGGCUAA